CAGCUGCUCUGCCACAAACCAGAAGGCUGUGAAGAAGUUGGCGAUGUGACAUGUACGUCAACAACCUGUGUGAGGUUUAAAAGUUGUGUGUGUGUGCUGACGGCUCUGAUCCAUGGUGUGGCUCUAAGGUUUGCUGCAGGCUCUCAAAAGGAGCACCAUGGCAAUGUGGAUCCAGGCGCAGCAGCUGCAGGGUGAGGCACUGCACCAGAUGCAGGCGCUGUACGGUCAGCACUUCCCCAUAGAGGUGCGACACUAUCUGGCCCAGUGGAUCGAAUGCCAGCUCUGGGAUUCAGUGGAGUUGGACAACCCAGCGGAGGAAGCCAAAGCCAAGCGUCUGUUGGACAACCUGGUAGCGGAGCUGCAGAGGAAAGCCCAGCUACAGGGAGGAGAGGACGGCUUUCUGCUCAAGAUCAAGCUGGGCCACUACGCCAACCAGCUCAAGAGCACUUACGACCGCUGCCCUUUGGAGCUGGUGCGCUGCAUUAAACAUAUUCUGCACUCGGAGCAGAGGCUGGUUCAAGAAGCUACAAAUGCCAGCUGUGGGAGUGGGGGGCAGGCCAUGGACAGCUUAUCACAGCGCCACCAGCAGAUCAACCAGGCCUUUGAAGAGCUCCGACUGGCCACACAGGAGACUGAGAACGAACUCAGAAAGCUGCAGCACAGCCAGGAGUACUUUAUCAUCCAGUACCAGGAGAACUUGCGCAUCCAGGCCCAGUUGAGCAGCCUAUCUUCAGUCCCUCCAGCGGAGCGCACCCAGCGGGAGACCACCUUACAGAGCAAGAGGGCCACUGUGGAGGCCUGGCUCACCAGAGAGGCCAGCACACUACAGAAAUACAGGCUUGACCUGUCAGAACAACACCAGAAGACCUUGGCCCUGCUGAGGAAGCAGCAGACUCUGAUCCUGGAUGAGGAACUCAUUCAGUGGAAGAGGAGGCAGCAGCUGGCUGGCAAUGGGGGUCCUCAUGAAGGGGGGCUGGAUGUCCUCCAGUCCUGGUGUGAGAAGCUGGCCGACCUGAUCUGGCAGAACCGGCAGCAGAUUCGACGCUGCGAACAUCUAACCCAGCAGCUUCCUCUGCCGGGUCCCAUGGAGGAACUACUAAGCAAACUCAAUGCUGACAUUACUGAUAUCAUUUCCGCCCUGGUUACCAGCACCUUCAUCAUUGAAAAGCAGCCACCCCAGGUGUUAAAGACCCAGACCAAGUUUGCAGCCACAGUACGCCUUCUGGUGGGCGGGAAGCUCAACGUCCACAUGAAUCCCCCUCAGGUCAAGGCCGUCAUUGUUAGCGAGCAGCAGGCCAAAGCUCUGCUGAAGAAUGAGAGCACACACAGUGAAAGCAGUGGAGAAAUCCUCAACAACAACUGUGUCAUGGAGUAUCACCAGGCCACCGGUACCCUCAGUGCACACUUCAGAAACAUGUCACUGAAGCGGAUUAAGCGUUCAGAUCGUCGCGGUGCAGAGUCGGUGACGGAGGAGAAGUUCACAGUUCUGUUUGAGUCGCAGUUCAGCGUCGGGGGAAACGAGCUGGUCUUCCACGUCAAAACCUUAUCACUGCCUGUGGUAGUGAUCGUCCACGGCAGCCAGGACAACAACGCCACAGCCACAGUCCUGUGGGACAACGCCUUUGCUGAGCCGGGCAGGGUGCCGUUCAUCGUACCAGACAAGGUGCUGUGGCCCCAGCUUUGUGAGGCCCUCGACAUGAAGUAUAAGGCAGAGAUGCACAGCACACGUGGCCUGUCGGAGGAUAACAUGGUCUUCCUGGCGCAGAAAGCUUUCACAAGCAGCAGCAACAACCCUGAGGACUCCCGCAACAUGACCAUAUCCUGGGCCCAGUUCAACAGGGAGAGCUUACCUGGGCGCAACUUCACCUUCUGGCAGUGGUUUGAUGGAGUCGUGGAGCUCAUGAAGAAACAUCUCAAGCCUCACUGGAAUGACGGGGCCAUCCUGGGCUUUGUGAACAAGCAGCAGGCACAAGACAUGCUGCUGUCCAAACCCAACGGCACCUUCCUGCUGCGAUUCAGCGACUCUGAGAUCGGAGGCAUCACCAUCGCCUGGGUGGCUGAGAACCCCAACAAACCAGGUGAGAGGCUGGUCUGGAAUCUGUUGCCUUACACAACCAAGGACUUCUCCAUUCGUUCCCUGGCCGACCGCAUCAGUGACCUGAACCACCUUCUAUUUCUCUACCCUGACCGGCCCAAAGACGAGGUCUUCGCCAAGUACUACACCCCUCCACUAUCAAAAGCAGUGGAUGGAUAUGUAAAACCACAGAUCAAGCAAGUUGUGCCAGAAUUCACCACCCCAAAACCUGAACCCAGUGGAACCCCUACGUUCAUGGACCAAACAGCUUCUCCUUCUGCGAGCCACCCCAACACCUUCUAUCCUUCUAUGAAAACGCUUUCUCAACAACCUUCAGUACACUGCAGGAUUCGCUACAAAACUGAAGCUCAGGAUGGAUUGAUACUGACUGUGACACAACUUUAAACAUUCAAGCCAUUGUCUGGGUGACAGGAUGCUCGGUCCUGAAUCGAAUGCUUGAUGAGGUGUUCCUGAACCCACCAGGCUUUCCCCACACCAUCAGAGGACAAAGUUAUUGCUGGGGAGGUUUUAUGCUUUAAUCAAGCAAUGGUCUGAAGACUACAUGGCAGCAAGCAGCAUUACAGUGGGACCACUGUGGCAUGAGAUUAUCAGAUGACACAACUUCAGUAUACAGAAAAACCUUUACUUUAGUGGAUGAUGUGAUCUGGACAGUUUACAUAAAUGCUGCUACUGUGUCCACUAUGUAUGCUCAAUUUACAUUAUGACUAUUAAUAAAUUAAUAUUUUGUGUUUUGAGCUUUUUGGUCAUUGUUGAAUUUAGUAGUAAUGCUCCUGGGGUUGUUAGAGAAACAUGUUUUAAAUAAAAACAUAAAACAGAGUGUAUUAUAAUGGUUUUCAGAUUAUAUUCAUAAAUACUAUGUCAACUGUCCAGGAAACCUGGACUUGUAAGACAUUUCGGGGCAGCUGUGGCUCAGCUGGUAGAAUUCAGCUCAGAGUGGGUUGCCACCCAACCGAAGGGUUGGUGGUUCGAUCCCUGACCGUCGCAGCCUACAUGUCGAUGUAUCCUUGAGCAAGAUAUUGAACCCCAAAUUGCUCCCGAUUCUGCGUUCAUCGGUGUGUGAAUGAAUUCCCAAUGGUGGCAGGUGGACCCGUUUAGGGUAGCCUCUGCCACCAGUAUGAAUGUGUGUGUGAACGGGUGAAUGAGCGCAGUCUGUAGUGUGAAUCGCUUUGAGUGGUCGCAAAGCGACUAGAAAAGCGCUAUAUAAGGUGCAUUUACCAUCCAUUUCUCUUGAAUUAAAAUCAGAUUCCUGUUGGAACUGAAGAUGUGAAGUUUUUUUAUUCAGAACUGGUUAUUUGUCAAUUUUAGAAACUCACUAAUAAUAGAAACUCCUUAACUGUCAUUUCCUAUGUUGGAUCUGCAGGUACACAACCAAAUGGACUUUUUUCAUUUGUACAUCUUGGAUUGGCUUUUAAUAGAAAAUGCAACAGCCUCUUAAUAAAAGGCAGCCAACUCUAUAUUAUUGUUCUCCAGUAAGGGUUAGAGCCACUGGACUUCAUUGUUCACACAUCUGUGUUCAGUAUAACCUACUGCACCCCAGGGUGACUCCAGGUUAUAAAAACUCAAGCCUCCCGCGUCUCUACCUCUCUCUUCUCUCCUGUAACUUCUGCAGAACAGGUUCUGCAGUCAGAUAGGGUCGCCCUUCUCCCACUCUCUUCUCUUUUGGACUGUGAGACCAAUAUAUGAAUGCUGCUCCAGUUUAAGGCAUAGUACCCCCAACAUAAUUGGUGCCCCGUGUGAGGCACAGUACUGUUAUCAAAAUUGAUUUCAGAUUAUUAUUUUGGGUCUAUAUGAGAAACCACCUCUAGACUAGCCAGAAGUCUUAACAUUCAAUACAACCAGUCCGUCACUGCUGUAGACGUCCAAUUGUACUUACAAACAAACAGUUGUAGUUACAAAUUAAUUUAUUCAUACAUUUGGUAAGAGGUAUUUGAGAUUUGUAACCGAUAACUACCUUGAUAUCCUCAUUAUGCUACCUUAACAACUCGAUAUUGCCCAUAGCUAUUAGUAUAAGUUUGGUUCAGCAUUCUUAUUCUGGUAUUAAAUGCCAUAUAGUUAAGCAAAAAUCUGAAAUCUGAUAUUAAUUUAAAGUGCUUUGUUUUUUCCUUUUGGGUAAGACUGCAUGCUUCCUGUGCAACAUAAAGAGUUUGUCACUUUCGCUGCAACUUGAAUGCAUUCCAGCCUAAGUAAAAAAGAGUCAGAGAGAACCACAGUGUGAUACCCGCCCUUGAAAAUAAGUUGUGAAGCUAGCUGUUACUUCCAGGUGUUC